AUGAACACAGCAAUGCAGGCAGCACAUGAGCUCUGCAAGGGGAACCCUCACUGUCUUGCUGCAGGAGAAAUAUCACCCCUAAUCACUGCUGCUCACAUAUCUGCUUAUUAUCAGAGCAAUCCAGUAAGUACCAGAGUAAGAGACCUGAAAUUGCUGUUUUGUGAGGCAGUUCCUGCUGCCAAGAGAUGGAGAAUGGAAGCUAUUCCGGAUUUUUCAUAUACCAGGAAGGUUGUCGGUUAUUGGAUAAAACGGCACACCCACCAUACUGAGGACCUGGAUACUGGGACGAGCUUGAGUCUGGAGCUACUGCAGAGAUCCCGGAUUCAACAGCCAAGCUACCGAGGGUAUAAAGGUCUGCGCCUGGUACUGGAGAGACCUGCUUGGGUAGGGAGGUGGGGGCGAGGUGGGAGAUCUCCUACCGACACUGUCCAGUGUAUGGGUGUGGAACUGCACCCUGCUCGGCAUUUCCACUGGGUAGACCUCGGGACUGAGGCAGCCCAGCUGUACUGGACAAGGAAGCAGCACUGGCGUGCGUCUCGCAACCGCUGGAAUGAGCUCCCUACAAACGCACCCCGACCCAGGCUCCCGUCACAGCCCACGCCGUGCUGCGGGGCCCCGAACGCCGCUCCGCGGGCGGGGGCGGGGACGGGGGCGGGGCCGGCGCAGCUUCCGGCGGGCGGCGGAUGUUGGGGUUUGAAUUGGCCGUCGGUUGGUGCGCGCGGGGAUCGCGGGCCGCGCGCGGUGAGUGGCGCCCUCGGGGGCUCCGGGCUCGGGGGGCGGGUGCCGGCCGGCGGAGGGCUCGGGGCGGCGCUGGAGGGGCGGUGUGAGCCGCCGGGGCGGGGGGCGGGAGCCUCUUCCUUCGCCUUGCGGGGAGCGGCGUGCGGCGGCCUCUCAGCCCGCGCUCGGGGGAGUCAGUGCUGCCUGGCUCCCGCCGCUUGGCUGGUGGCAGGAGGUGCAUUAGUAACUAACCAAAGGGAGCAUCUUCCUCUUUCCGCCACGCUCCUGAGAGGAAAAACUAGCGGGAGGCGAGCGGCGUCCCGGGGAGACUCGGCCGUGCAGCCGCGGGCGGGCGUCGCUGGCAGGACCCGCCGGGGCCCCGGUGCGGGCCGGGCGUCGCGGCUGAGCUCCCCCCGAGGUGCGGGCAGAUGGGCUGUCCGAAUCCCGGCCGGUCGGGAUCCUCGUGACGCGGCGGGAGCUCCCCCGUGCCCGCCUGUGGGGGGAUGCGGAGGGACGGGUCUCUCCCGGAACGCGGCGCCGGGGAAUAACGGCGGGAUGAGCUGGCUGGAGGCUGUGUGUAAAUUCGGGACACGCAGGAUGCAGGGAUGGGCUCCGGGAGAGUUCCUUUGUGUGCUGGGGAUACCACGUUUGCCUGAUAGGUGCCUCGUGGAGUUUUUGGGUUUUUUUCUUUGCCGAUCCUGUAGUUUAAAGUCUCCAAACACCUUACGUCCCGGAGCAGUUAAGAGUUUCAGAAUUUAGCAAAACCUAAAUACCCACUCUGAGGACUUUUCUAGCCUGUUUAGGCAAAGUAGAUACAUUUUAUUUACAAUGGUUUUAUAGACUCUGGGACAUAACGUGUCUCAGAUAUGUUCUUGUCUCGCAUAUCUGACUUGGCCGUGCUGAUCCUCAUGGAGUGAGAUGAUCAUUUUAAGGAACUUGGGGGGACAACCUAAACGUUCCAAAAUCUGCCACAGACCUUUUCUGCUCACAGUAUCAAAAGCCUUGUUGAGGUCGACAAAGGUUACAUAAAGACCUUUGUUCUGUUCCCUACACUUCUCUUGCAGUUGUCUGAGGACAAAUACCAUGUCUGUGGUGCUCCUGUUGGCUCUGAAACCACACUGACUUUCAGAACUAUCCUAAAACUCCAGUAAAUGGCUGCAGUACUUUGUUUGCAAUAGUUUGGAUUAGCCUGAGGUUUCUUCCUGAAGCUGAUAUCAGGCAAUCAUCAAAACUAAGUACCAGACCACCGAUAGGUUGGAGUCUGUCAGGCUUCUGGUUUGGACCUUGGAUUUGUUGCCGGCUUCUUCCCUGCCCACUUCAGCGUGUGAGGAGGGAGUUAUCCGCCUGCAUGAGGUCAAGCAUGGAUCUGCAGGCAAUCACCCAUGAUUCUUGGCUUGCAAAACUUAGGUAAUGCUUUCUUCAGCUUUCUAAGGGAAGGCAAGUCAAAGAUCUAUACAUAUGUUCCUAGAAGGUUUUUGAUAAAGAAUUAUCAUCGUAGUGCUCCA